AUGGUCUCGUCACGAAAGCUCGCCCUCCUCGCCGUAGCCCCGGCCGGCAUCCUCGGCCUCGCCGCGCCGCUCGCCCCCCGCGCCGUGGACUACAGCAAGUGGAAGCCCGGCGCCAGCUUCCAAAUCGUCCUCCACCACCCCGUCUUGGCCGAGACCACGGCCGACAUUGUCCCCGCCAACGCCGACGUCUGGGAUAUCGACCUGCAGCACGCAGUUGACUAUCCUAAUAUCAUUCCCACUCUCAAGUCGGCGGGAAAGAUUAUCAUGUGCUACUUCAACGGCGGCGCCCUCCAAGACUGGGACGAAGACCUAGACGCCUUCCCCUCCGCCCGCUACCUCAACAUCAAAGACGCCCGCGUCGUGACCCUCAUGAAAGCCCGCCUCGAGCACGCCGCCUCCAUCGGCUGCGACGCCGUCGACCCGGACAACAUUGACGCCUGGGCCGAAGACGGCGAGGCCGACCCGACGGGCUUCAACCUGCAGCCCUCGGAUUACGCCACCUACAUCUCCACCCUGGCGGCCCACGCGCACGCCCUCGACACUACCGCCGGCGCGGGGCGGAAACUCCUCCUGGGCCAGAAGAACGCGCCCACCAUUGCGCCGCAGCUCGCCUCGAUCGCGGACUUUGCCGUGCUGGAGACGUGUUUGGGGACGAGGACGUCGGACGAGGUGGAGCCGUUUUGCGCGGAUUUCCAGCCGUAUAUUGCGGCCGGCAAGCCUGUGUUCCAGAUCGAGUACCCGACGAGCGUGCGGGACGACGAUUCGAUUAGCCAGGUUGACUACAACUACUUUUGCGUGAACAAGAAUGGCAACGAGGGGUUCAGCGAGGUGUUGAAGCACGCGAGCGAGCAGGUUGAUGGCUGGGGCCAGUUUUGCGGGCUGGGGCUUACGGGGGGUAGGUUUGAGACGCCGACUGUUGAUGAGGGGCCUGAUGAUGAGUGA